UUGAGGGGAGCGUGGCCUUCUCCUCUCUCACCAUGGUGUGUGCUCGUCUACUGAUAUCAGUGUACUCUGAAAAGGGGGAGUCAUCUGGCAAAAAUGUCACUUUGCCUGCUGUGUUCAAGGCUCCCAUUCGACCAGAUAUUGUGAACUUUGUUCACACCAACUUGCGCAAAAACAACAGACAGCCCUAUGCUGUCAGUGAAUUAGCAGGUCAUCAAACCAGUGCUGAGUCUUGGGGUACUGGCAGGCCUGUGGCUCGAAUUCCCAGGGUUCGAGGUGGCGGCACUCACCCCUCUGGCCAGGGUGCUUUGGGAAAUAUGUGUCGUGGGGGCCGCAUAUUUGUGCCAACCAAGACCUGGCGACAUUGGCACCGCAGACUGAAUACAAUGCAGAAGCGACAUGUCAUCUGCUCUGCGCUGGCUGCCUUGGUUUUACCAGCGCUGGCCAUGUCUAAAGGUCAUCGUAUAGUGGAAGUUCCUGAACUUCCUUUGGUAGCUGAAGAUAAAGUUGAAGGCUACAAGAAGACCAAGGAGGCUGUUUUGCUUCGGAAGAACCUUAAGGCCAGGAAUGAUAUCAGAAAGGUCUACGGCUCGCAGCGAAUGAGAGCUGGCAAAGGCAAAGUGAGAAACCGUCGCCGUAUCCAGCACAGGGGACCCUGCAUCAACUAUAAUGAGGACAGUGGUACCAUCAAGGCCUUCAGAAACAUCCCUGGAAUUACUCUGCUUAAUAUAAGCAAACUGAACAUUUUGAAACUUGCUCCUGCGGGGCAUGUGGGACAUUUCUGCAUUUGGACUGAAAGUGCUUUCCGCAAGUUAGAGCUGUAUGGCACUUGGCGUAAAGCUGCUCCCCUCAAGAGUAACUACAACCUCCCCAUGCACAAGAUGCUCAAUGCAGACCUUCGCGGAAUCUUGAAAAGCCCAGAGAUCCAAAGAGCCCUCCGAGCACCACACAAGAAGAUUCAUCGCAGAGUCCUGAAGAAGAAUCCACUGAAAAACCUGAGACUCAUGUUGAAGCUAAACCCAUAUGCAAAGACCAUGCGCCGGAACACCAUUCUCUGCCGGGCCAAGAACCACAAAAUCCGCAUGGAUAGGGCAGCAGCAGCGCUAGAAGCCAAAUCAGAUGAGAAGGGGAUUCCAGGCAAGAAGCCUGCGGUGGGAAAGAAAGGAAAGGAGGCUGUUUGCGUUAAGAAGCUGAAGAAGCCAAAGAAGGCUUUGGUGGGAAAAAAGUCUCCAGUGACCAAGAAACCAGCAGCUGAAAAGAAGCCCGCUAAAAAGAAGCCCGCAGAAAAGAAACCCACCACAGAGGAAAAGAAGGUUGCUGCAUAA